CCUCCCCUCUCUCUCCGCCCCACCCCUCUCUCUCUCUCUCUCCCACUCGUCUCUCCCUCUCCCUCCCGCGAGCAGCUACGACGGCCAAAUCCGGCGAGCUCUGGCGGAAUUCGACGACGCCUGCCCCACAGCCGAGCGCCUCCCGACCCCGCCUCCCUCGACCCCGCGCCGAUGCGCCGCCUCGCCUCCGCCCACCGGUGCGUGCCGCCACCUCACCAGACCCCAGGAGCCCCGCCGCCUCGCGCUGCCGCCUGCACCGCGUCGCGUGCCGCCACCUCCCCACAAGCUCGCCGCCCCAUCGCGGAAGCCUCACCGCCCCGCCGCCAUGGGAACCGAGCUCCUCUGCGCCCCGCCCGCCAUCGGAGAUCUGAGGCCGGCCGGGAGGCGGGGAUGGGGUACCGGUGGGCCCCGGGGAUCUGCGCGGUGGUGCUGCUCUGGCUCGCUGCGACCGCAGCCGGAGAUCCCGAUCCCGACGAGCUCGAGCGCGCAUUGCCAAUGCCAAUUUACAACAAUUUCAGGUCUGCGAAAGUUGGAUUUUGGAUAGGCUUUCAAGAGCGUGACCGAAGCAGAGACACACACAUGCGGCGCGACAACAAUUCUUCUUCCUCAAAGCAUAUAUUUUCUCCAAGCGAUCAACAAAGUGAUUGGUCCAUUUGGAAGGUGUUCCAAUCCCCACCAACAAGAGGCACAAUGCUUCCAAGAUCUUCAACACCCUGAAGGUUGCAGCUGAGGAGACAUGGUAUGGAAUUGAGCAGGAGUACACUCUCCUCCAGAAGGAUGUGAACUGCCCCCUUGGCUGGCCCAUUGGUGGCUACUCUGGUCCUCAGGCAAGAAAACUCUUAGCAUGCUCUCCAGCUUUCCAUGUGUUAAACUUCAUAAAAACUGAACAUUGCAUUUCACCAAGUGAAAUGCUACAUUUCUACUCCUAACCCAUUCUCUCUUUCUUAGUGUUUUUGUUAUGCAAGUUGGAAGAAAAGAAGAAGAUCCAGAGAAGAUCUUAGUAAUAAGAUAGUUUUUAGGAAAAU